CCCGAUUUAGGUCUCGCGAUAUUCGGCGAGAUGUGAAAGUUCAGCCACUCCACGUGGGUGUAUGCAUGGUACAGGGGAAGUAAAUAAGUCGUUGAGAAGUCCAGUCGGUUUUGUUCAAAAGAUAUUGCUGAGACCCUCACUGAAGAGUGUGGGGACAUGCUGAGGUGCUGUCGGAUCAUUCAUUUUUUAUCGAGUCACACAUUUAUUCCAGCUCUCGUAAGCAAGGGGUGGCCUGAUCCUAAAUUAAAAUUCCGUGGAUUUUGCAUGUCCAGCAAGAUGACUGAGGAUUCAUCAGACGCCCAAAUCAAAGCGUUGAAGAGACCAGCAAAUGACACGCGCACUGACACUGAGUCUGAAGACAAGAGGCUGAAAACAGACCAGGAUGAAAGGAAAUACCCCAAGAAAAAGGUGGCCCUGCUGAUGGCAUAUUCAGGCAAAGGGUAUUAUGGGAUGCAGAGAAAUGCAAAGAACUCUCAGUUCAGAACCAUUGAGGACGAACUGGUCACUGCUCUUGUGGGAGCAGGAUGUAUUCCAGAGGGCCAUGGAGAUGACAUGAAGAAAAUGUCUUUCCAGCGGUGUGCACGAACAGAUAAGGGUGUUUCUGCUGUGGGUCAAGUUGUGUCUCUGAAGGUGUGGAUGAUUGACAACAUCAUGGACAAAAUUAAUGCACAUCUGCCACCUCACAUAAGAAUUUUAGGUUACAAGAGGGUCACAGGUGGCUUCAAUUCCAAAAACAACUGUGAUGCCAGGACGUAUUCCUACAUGCUUCCCACUGUGUCUUUCUCCCCAAAGGACUAUAACCAGGAAGACAUGUCAUUCCGUCUGAGUUCAGAGACCCUUCAGAAGGUCAACCGCUUAUUUGGCUUGUAUAAAGGCACUCACAACUUCCACAACUUCACUUCACAAAAAGGUCCUCGGGACCCCAGCGCCAAGCGUUAUAUCACCCACAUGUCCUGUGGAGAGCCGUUUGUGAGACAGGAGGCUGAGUUUGCCGUCAUCACAGUAAGAGGCCAGAGCUUCAUGAUGCACCAGAUCCGGAAGAUGAUCGGUCUCGUGAUCGCUGUGGUCAAAGGGUAUGUGGAUGAAAGAGUGAUCGAGAGGAGCUGGGGAGAGGACAAAGUUGACGUUCCCAAGGCUCCUGGGCUCGGGUUAGUGCUAGAGAGGGUGCACUUUGACCGCUACAACAAGCGCUUUGGAGGAGAUGGCAUCCAUGAGACUCUGGAAUGGGCUGAGGAAGAAGAAGCCAUCGCCGCUUUUAAGGACAAGCACAUUUAUCCCAGUAUUGUGGAGACUGAGCUCCAUGAGAAGUCCAUGGUAAACUGGAUGGCUACACUAUAUAUCCAUGAUUUUGAAGCAACGGCCACAGGAAACCAAGAGCGCAAAGAUGAUGAUGAAGAUGGAAACGCAUCUGACUGAGUCACUCAGUCUUCUUUUUUUCUUGUUUUGGUUUAAUAUUUUAUUUUGGUUUUUACUUGUGCUAACAUUAAUUUCCAAAGAUUCCACUGUAAUUAAAAUUCUGAAAUAAAUAGCUGAUUUUA